CUUUAUUCGUCUUUAAAAAAGACAAUUGACAGUAAAUUGUAAAAAAACUAUAAAAUAUAAUGGCGAUGGUGGCGAUUGCAUAUUGACUCAAAGAGAAAACAUUGAAUUAGAAAGACUAAUAAUACUGAAAUUAUUAGUUCCAUACGCUUAGCUACCUUGAUUUGAGUGUUACAUAUCUUAAUCUACUAUUAAUUAUAACAUCAGCACGAAAUGGCUGUCGAAUCUGUACAAAUAUUGAGACGAAAUCGACCCGGUUCUAAAGCAAAGGAUUUUUGCCGCUGGCCAGACGAACCCUUUGAGGAAAUGGAUAGUACCCUUGCAGUCCAACAAUUCAUACAACAAACGAUACGCCGUGAUCCUUCGAAUCUUGAAGCUAUUCUGAAAAUGCCCGAGGCUCAAGACGAGGGUGUAUGGAAAUAUGAACAUUUGAGACAAUUUUGCAUGGAGUUAAAUGGAUUGGCUGUAAAAUUACAAGCUGAAUGUAAACCAGAAACUUGUACACAAAUGACUGCUACUGAGCAAUGGAUCUUCCUUUGUGCUGCACAUAAAACUCCAAAAGAAUGUCCUGCUAUUGACUAUACAAGACACACCUUAGAUGGAGCUGCCUGCUUGCUUAACAGUAACAAGUAUUUUCCUAGCAGGGUGAGCGUCAAGGAAUCAUCAGUAGCUAAACUGGGUUCAGUUUGCAGAAGAGUCUACAGAAUAUUUUCUCAUGCAUACUUUCACCAUAGGGCUAUCUUUGAUGCCUUUGAGAAAGAAACUCAUCUGUGCAAAAGAUUUACUUAUUUUGUUACAAAAUAUUUAAUAAUUGCAAAAGAUAUUCUGAUUCUACCUAAGCUGGAUGAUGAAACACCUGUUGGUGAAUCAGAAGCCUGAGGUUUAAAGAAAUAAUUUGGUUCUAAUUUUGAAUCAAAUUAUUAACAUUACUGACUGUUGUGUUCACAACAAUUUGUGACGAUAACUGAAGUUACACUAUUAAUAGUCCUCACUGUAACUUUUUAAACCAUAUAUUUCAUGAAUAUUAAUUUUAGGCAAAUAGAGAUCCAAGAUACUAAUUAAGUCUGGACUAUACUUAUUGUUACUUAACAUAGUAUAGAGUUGAGAUGUAUGUAAUCAUUGCAUUUAUAGCUUAUUGUGUAAAGAUGUCUAAAAUUGAAUCCCUAUUUAUAUGCAUAGUACCUACCUAGGAUUUUAAUUAUGUAUGUGAAAUUAGAUCAUGUUAUUAAUGAUUAUGCUCUCAAAAAUUAGCAUGUGUAAUAUUCUUGUGUCAAGUAAAUACCCAAUAUGAUAUUUAUAAAAAUAAACCUAAGUAAAAUCGUGAGUUUAUUAUUGUAAUCUCUCUUAUUUCUUGUGCACAAUAAAACAAGUUAUUUAAAAGUAAAUUGUUUAUGUUUUCUUAUGUUUAAAUGGUUUCUUGGGUUUAUGUGAUUGGUUUUGCUUUGAGUUGCUGCUUUGUUCCUUUUGCCAAAACUUCUUUCCAUUAAGACUUUG